AUGGUGAACUCCCAAGAGCAGAGCCUUGAUGAGGAGACGGUGUUCGUGCCAGUGAACGAGUCUUCCCCAGAGUACCUCCAUUGUGAGAAGGAGCGUCAAGCAGUGGAGAGACUCUUAAAUGCAGGAACAGCGGCCUUCUACAGCUCCAUCGACACAGAGCGCUCCAGCUGCUUCCUGUCUUCUGAAGAGGUCAGCCAGAUAUCCAGCUGGGCUCAGGACUAUUGCUUCAGCCCGCUACAGGUGCAAAGAGAGGCGGAUGGAGAGGAAGGCAGCUCAGAGAGGGAGGACUUUUGUUCCACCUACUUCCCUUCCCACUCAGACACACCACCCCCGAACCUGGAGCUGGGCUGGCCUGAAAAAUGCCAAUGGGCGCCAAAGGGAAGCGUUACAGUCCACACCAGUCCUCCUGCUGAGGGAGAACCUCCUGUCAGAGGGAUCAUCAGACGGCACUUGCAAAAGGCCACUAAAGUUAUUGCCAUUGUGACAGACAGAUUGACAGAUGGUUCAAUAAUUGGCGAUUUACACGGUGCUGCCUCCCGGGGUGUCCCUGUCUACAUCAUCCUGAACCAAAGGUCCAUUCAGGAGAACUUCACGCUCAACAGGCUCGGGCAUCCAAACAUGCAGGUCCGUGUUCUUGGAGGGAAAACCUUCUGCUCUAGGACUGGAAGAAUGGUGGUCGGGGAAAUGAAAGAUAAGUUCCUUCUGGUGGAUUUAGAGACAGUGAUUCAUGGCAGCUACAGCCUCACAUGGACAGAUGCCCACCUGCACCGGCAGCUGAUCACCGUUCUAAGCGGCCCAGUUGUCGACUCAUUUGACAGGGAGUUCAGGAUCCUUUUCGCUGCUUCGCUGCCCGUCCCAGACACAUGGAGGGUUGCAGGUACUCAUGUAUAUGUGACUCAUCGGCUGAAAGACAUCUCAGAUCUCAGGUUUAAAAAACCUUUCCCUUUGGACUCUGAGAUUUCCAACCCUCCAUCCCCACCUCCUGAUUCCCUGCUGGACUGGGCAGCCAUGGGGGUUGUUCAGAGAGAGUGCAGCUUCCUUGAUAGUCCUCUUGAUCAACAGGAGGAAAUCAUGGCCAAGGAAAUGAUGAACAACAGAAGCCAUUUUGUGGAUAUGAAAAGGGAGGACUGCAUAACAGAGAAAGCCCCUUCCAGGCAACUCUCAGUAGAAAAGAGUACCCAUUUAAAUGACAGAACAACAACAAGACUUGGUGAUAAAGCAAUAGGGCCAGCAAACAACAUGGUCAUGCGUUCCUCUACUGAGAGAAAAGAGUGCUCCAUUUUGGAAGAGAAAAGAGGCAUAAAUGAAACCAGCAAACCAAAAGUGGAAAACACACCAUCUUCUAGAAAACCCAUAAUCCUGAGGAUUCCCCAAUCUGACAGCUACAGCUGUCUGAGUGACAUUAUGAAGAGGUUUCGGCCUCAGCAGAGCACUUCAGGACUGUUCAGGAGAGGAUCAAAGGCCGCUGUGUCAGAAAUGAGCCGCUCCAUGAUGGACCUGAGCAUGCACAAUACAGAUACAAAUCAUGGUGACAGAGGAAACCCGGUGCCAAGGUUUAGGGCCAGUUGCUUAGACCCGGGUCUUAUGACACCAGCUCUUGCCCUGAUGAAAAAGAGGAACGAUGACAUGAAAUCUGUUUUGUACAGAACUCCAAAGACCUUCCUGCCCCGAGAGAGGCCUCGCAGCUCCCGUUAUUCCCUCAGUAUGGACUGGAGGAGGUCACUGGCUGAGAAGGAAGAAGACCCAGAAUGAGGA